AGCACCAGCUAGUUUUCUUGGAACUGGAGAUACAUUAAAGCAAGCUAGAGUAUUCACGAAUGAAGAUGUCAUAGGGUACUCAAAAGUGAGACAUGACUAUAAUCAUCUGCAUUUGAAUUCUGAGUCUGCUCGAAAUGCUGGAUUUGAAGAUCGACUGGUACACAGGAUCCUUGUUACUUCUCCGGUCCCAAAUAUCGUAUCUUCUCAUUUUGGCUAUGCAAAGAGGAGGCUUUCGGGUUGCUCCGAACCCAAUUUUGAGGAUUCGGGUGGUUUGAAGAGUGCUCAGAAGAAGACUCAGGUGGCUGAAUCGUUUUUGCGCCGGUAAAGGAAGAAGGGCUUGCUUGUCACCGACAUUACUGGCAGUUUGGAAAAGUGAAAAUGAGGCGGAAUCAGAUUGAGUAUCCCCAUUUCUCCGGUGUGUGUUCACAAAUGCUUCCAAUUUCCACAUAUGGUCGUCAAUUCCAGGAAUGGUGUGAAAAACAAAUGGAGUUUGUUCUCCUUGUUGGCAAGCGAAAAGAGAGUAAGGCAAUGAAAGCUGGUGUUGCUCGCCAUGCAAAACUUGAAGAAGAGGUUGUAAAAAGAGCUAAAGUUCGUGUCAAAUUGAUUGAAGAUAAAUGGGAUCCGAAGAGCAGGUUAUCAGGUUGGUCUGAACCCAAUAUCGAGGAUGCUGGAGGUUUGAAGAGUGCCCAGAAGAUGACUCGGGUGGCUGACUCGUUGCACCUGUGUAGGAAGAAAGGGUUGAGUGUCACGUACUUUACUAUCAUCGACAUUGAAACCAUGCAAUGGUAUGACAGAAACAUGGAGCUUGUUUUCCUUUGUGGCAUGCAAGAAGUGAGUAAGGCUAUGGAAGCGUGUAUUGCUCGCCAUGCAAAACUUGAAGAAGAGAUACAAGUUACAGAGAGACCAUUCAUUACUCGGUGAAGAUGAGUUUGCACAUGACUGAUUGGAUCAAAAGUCAAAUUCAGUGCAGACUCGAGUUCUUGCGAGGAGAGCGAGAAGCCAGAUGCACUCCUAAGGAAGAGCGAUGGAAAUGCCUGUCCUGUCAACAUUCCCAUGACUGCCAAGAUAAAAAAGCAGACUAUAAUAGUCCACCAAGUUGGAGAAAAGCACCUGCAUUGGUUAUGUUUCAAUCAGCAUCCUAUAUACAAGGGUACAAGAAGCACAAAUUUUUAGAGUUGCUUCUUUUUUGGGGGUAAUUGCUGUGCUGGAUUUGAGCUUUAGGAUGUACAUUGAAUGUAUCGUUUCUGUUGUUUCGUCAAACAGAUAUUCUAAAAUUCAGUUGUUUUGUACUGAAAGUUAUAGGAUAAAAUAAAACAACAAUGUUUACGUCAACGUUUACGUUUACGUCAUAGGAUAAAAUAAAACUCUGAACCCCAACGUUUACGUCAUAG